GCAGAGGUGAAACUGACGACUAACCACACUACACCCAUGAUAACGUUCAAGCUUGCGAAUUGAGAGGUUGACGGGGCUGGGCCGAAAUCUGUCAAACUGAUGGCGUGAAUCCGUCGUUUGAGUGGAGUCAGGGGAGUCGACUGUGAGAGUGCGAACACUGGGGUGGCAUCGAAACAGCCCACACGCUUCCCUCCAUGCUGUCGACAUGAUCUCUGGCCAGAUGAUCUCUGAAGCAGUCAGCGUCUCAUUAAACAGGCCCUGAGGAUGAUUCAGCGCAUGUUCUCCAGUCAGCUGCAACUAGAAAAUCUUCUGGCAGGAGUGAUUCGGUUACCUCGUGUAGAAACAAACAUUUUGUGUACCUAGAUGUGCUGGUAUUCUAAAGUGUAAAAGAUGCAGCUGUCCUGGACUUUUCACUAGUGCAACGUUGAAGACAAACUUCUCAGGAACAUGCAAGUGUUACUUUUCUUAGUAAUCUGUGCCAUCUGUCAGGUUAAACCAUCAGUAAUUAGUCCAAUAACAGCUGCUGUUAUUAAACUGCAUUGAGCUUGCAGGCAGAGUUUCGGCCCAGCGGGGGAAGGAAGAAGAAGAACGCGUGACGUCAGCUCUCAAAAGUGAAAACUGAUGGGAAACUAGGGUCACAUCAUCUUUUGGAUUCUGGACAGCAGAUCAGCCCGGGCGCAGCAGAAAAAGAACAUAGCUGAAGUGACAAACUUGGCAAUGGCACACAACAGUGUUUUUAUCAUUGUCCUGUUGUUUCUCUGCAACCUGGCUGUGGCCCUCACAGACAGCACCGUGUCGUGCUACAGGAUCGAGCCGGGGACGAUGGCAGGCAUCGUCUGCGCAGAUGUGCUGCUGACCCUCAUCAUUGUCAUCGUCACCUACCGAUGUGCCAGGGUUCGGCGUCAGAAGAUAGACAAUGCUAACAAAGUGUAUAUGAAUGUCCGGGCCAACUGCAAGACCUAAUCUAAAGACAGUUUGGUACAUGUUGAAGUUAUGUUAAAUUUAAGUUUCCAUUUUUUAAUUUUAUUUUCUUUUACUUUUUUUUUUUUUACAUAUAUCACAAUAUGUUAACUCAAGCGUAGAAGUAAGAGUCACUGGCAUAUAUAACAUUUCUGCUGACUGGAGAUACUCACUGAUUUUUUUGUAUUAGAGCACUUAAAUUUUGACACAAAUAGCAAUUUUCCAGAUCUCACCAAAUACAUCACAGAAUUCAUUUAUCAGGGCAGUUACAAACAAGGAGCUGUACUGUUACAACCUGCAACCUGCAAGUGUCCUGAUUUAGAAAUGUAAUGAUAGCACUUUAGCAUACAUACACAUAAAAAAAACAAUGCAUACACUAGUAACCAAAUCCAGCUGAGGUACCUGUCAAAUGAUCUGGAAGUUCCUACCAUGUGUCCUCAGUGUCACAUUGUAGAGUGACAGAGAACUAACUGUCUCUUCCUGCCUCACCUCAUCUGAUGCAGAUUGUAGCUGUAUUGUAUGUUUUCCACCCUCCCGCUUGGCUUGCCGAAAAAAGGAAUACGAUAGACAUAAUAUGUUUAGCUGUCUUCAUGCUGUUAGUCGGAACACUUUUUUUUAAAAAUGUGUUACACCAUCCCCAGCCAUGUUUAUCUAGCUGUAGCAGCUUAUGCAGCAUGGUGGUGGAGAUCAGCAUAGAAAUGCCUGAUAUUUUACAUUCAGAUUUAAAGAGUUUCUCUUGUAUUGCAAUUAAGGAGGUGGUCCAAAAAUGUACUGUCUCAUUGGAAAAUGUGUGUUUUGGUUGUAAAAUCUGUGUAUUAAUCACACAGCUGUUGAAUUUCACAAUCCCGGCCAGGGAGGAGGUGGUCAUAUAUGGAAUCACAUACUGGAAUGACAUACUCACAGGUCAUCCAUUCAAUGUGACUGUGGCGCUGUUAUGACCAUUCCUCAUCUCCACUGCAAUAAGCACAGUCACAACUAUUUAUUCAAAGGGAAUUGACUUUUACUUAUUGUAUUUGAAGCACUGGAUUCACAACUGUUUAAAAGCAGAAGAACAAUUUCUAAAAAGCCUUUUACAAUUAGUCGCAAAGUGAGCUUGUGCUUUUCAGUAAAUAAGAGGUGUGUCAGACUGGUCAAAAACUGUUAAUCAAGUACAACAAUUGCACUGUGACACCACCACACAGCGCCCUCUGCAGUCGGAAAAUGUCUAAAAACAGUAUUUUUUCUCAAGCCCUGAAGAUUUUAUGUAAGUGUCCUUUAUUCAUAAUGAAUAAAAUAAAUAAAUUAGAAACUGA